AUGGGGCUCAAAAAUGAGGGAAGUGUUGGUGUGAAUGAUGGUGACAUAGUUUGUUGGAAGAAGAAUUCAAAAUUCUUUGAUCUCGAGUAUUGGAAAUACCUUCCUGUGAGGCUUGUCUUAGAUGUUAUGCACAUUGAGAAGAAUGUUUGUGAUAGUAUCAUUGGUACAUUGCUGGAGAUCUCUGGAAAAAAAUAA